AAAAUCACAUUUCUGGACGCUAUGAUAAACGUUUAGUUCAAUAUAAACCAGGUUAGUCGCGUUGCUUUAAGAUGGAGAAAGAGAGGAGACGGAGGCGGGAAUCCCCGCCGCGGGAGGCGAGGGUGAGAAUCAAACAGGAGAGAGCGAGUCCCGCGCGGAGACCGAGACCCCCCCGGUCCCGGUCCCCCAGCCCAAGAACCCGACACCGUUCCCGGUCCCCCAGCCCCAGACCCCGACCCCGGUCCGCCAGCCCGAGUCCCCCCCGCAGGAGGAGCAGCAGAUCGCCUGUCAGACCGCGGGAUCGAUCCCCGACCAAGAGGGAGAGGUCUCCCCCCAAGAGGGAGAGGUCUCCCCCGAAGAAGGAGAGGUCUCCCCCCAGGAGGGGCAGCCGGUCCCCUCGGAACCAGAGGGGUGGGAGUCCCCACCGGGGGGGAGACGCCAGGAUCAAACGGGAGCGGGAGCCUCACCGGGGGGGGGCCGCAGAGCCUCCCCGGGGGGGGGCCGCGGAGCCUCACCGAGCGGGGGCCGCCGAGCCUCACCGAGCGGGGGCCGCCGAGCCUCACCGAGCGGGGGCCGUCGGGGCUGAGGACCAGCGCGUACGGAGUGACCCCCCCCCGGAGCGGAGGAGCCGGUGGGAGACGGACCGACCGCCACGGGAGCGCGGGGGCCGGUGGGACGCGCCGCGGGGCGGGCCGGCCCCCCAGGAGCAGCAGGAGGAGCGGCAGCAGCACGACGAGCGGCGGAGGGAGGCCCGGGCGCGCAGGGAGGAGCAGGAGGGGGCGGGGGCCUUCGGGGUGCCCCAGGAGGGGGGCGAGGGCGGCGACGACCCCCCUCCCGACAAGGAGAAGCCCGACUUCGGGCUGUCGGGGGCGCUGACGGAGGACACCAACACCUUCAGGGGCGUGGUCAUCAAGUACAACGAGCCCCCCGAGGCGCGUAUCCCCAAGCGGCGCUGGCGCCUGUACCCCUUCAAGAACGACGAGCCGCUGCCCGUGAUGUACGUCCACCGGCAGAGCGCCUACCUGCUGGGCCGCGACAGGAAGAUCGCCGACAUCUCCAUCGACCACCCCUCCUGCUCCAAGCAGCAUGCCAUCUUCCAGUACAGGCUGGUGGAGUACACGCGUCUGGACGGGACCCCAGGCCGCCGGGUGAAGCCCUACCUGCUGGACCUGGGCUCGGGGAACGGCACCUACCUGAACAACCAGCGCAUCGAGGGCCAGCGCUACUACGAGCUCAAGGAGAAGGACGUGCUCAAGUUCGGCUUCAGCAGCCGCGAGUACGUCCUGCUGCACGAGUUCUCGGACACGGCCGAGGUGGACGCCCAGACUGCCGGGGAGGAGGACGAGGACGACGGGCUGGACGAGUAGCCCCGCCCACAGCACCACCGCGGACUCAGCCAUUGGUUCUGGUUCUGGGCCCGUCCCGGGACAGCAAGAAGGUUCCAAAAAAGGCGUUGGCGAGGAAGGCGUGACCCCAUGGCUCUGACCGGCCAAUCGUCUCUCAGAACAGCGUCUACUUCUCAGGACUCGCCCCCACUCCUCUCCUCAUCGGCUCUCUGCUGAACCACGGAGCCACUGGUCCCACUGGUCUAUGGCUCUGCUGAACCACGGAGCCACUGAUCCCACUGGUUCAUGGCUCUGCUGAACCACGGAGCCACUGGUCUCACUGGUUCUGUGCUCUGCUGAGCCACGGAGCCACUGGUCCCACUGGUUCUGUGCUCCACUGAACCCUGGUUCUGUGCUCCACUGAACCCUGGUUCUGUGCUCUGUAGUCUGUUCACCUGAUGUAAGGCUGUCUGUAUGUUUAGUCUCAGUGUUUUCUCACAGCCUUGGUUCUGUCUGAACAAUAAGCCGGUGAUUUCAGUUUUUAUGCGGUUGUACAGGGGGGGUUUUCAAGUUGAGUUUCUACUCUUUGAUGCAUUCGACAUUCAUAAUUCAGUAUUGGUGUUUUGUAUUGUGAAUAAAGACUGAACAAAG